UGUGAUGUUCAGUAGAAACCAAUUCUCUGUAUUUCUCAGGUUUGCUUAAUUUUGUGAAACUAGAGAAAUACUGCUUCUGACAAUGGGAAAAUCACCAGAAAUGGAGCACCCUGUAAAGGCUUUUGGAUGGGCGGCCAGAGACACAACUGGGAUUCUUUCUCCUUUCAAGUUCUCAAGAAGGUCUACUGGUCAGCACGAUGUGCAGUUGAAAGUGUUGUACUGUGGGAUUUGCCAUUCGGAUCUUCACAAUGCCAAGAACGACUGGGGAUUUACACAAUACCCAGUUGUGCCCGGACACGAGAUUGUCGGGGUGGUAACGGAGGUUGGUGACAAGGUCGAGAAAUUCAAGGUUGGAGACAAAGUAGGCGUCGGAUGCUUGGUCGGAUCAUGUCGGGAAUGUAAUUCAUGUAACAAAGAUCUUGAAAAUUAUUGCCCUAAACAAAUACUCACCUACGGCGCAAAGGACACCGACGGCACCACCACAUACGGUGGUUUCUCCGAUAUCAUGGUAGUUAAUGAGCACUUUGUUAUUCGCUGGCCAGAAAACUUGCCCUUGGACGCCGGAGCUCCACUCAUGUGCGCCGGGAUUACAACUUACAGCCCGCUCAGGCACUACGGGCUCGACAAGCCUGGAUUGCAUAUCGGCAUAGUCGGGCUUGGUGGGCUCGGCCAUGUCGGGGUGAAGUUCGCCAAGGCAUUUGGGGCUAAAGUUACAGUUAUCAGCACAUCUAUCAAUAAGAAGAAGGAAGCCAUUGAAAAGUUAGGUGCAGACUCGUUUCUGGUUAGCAGAAAUGAAGAGGAAAUGCGAGUUGCAGCUGGAACAUUAGAUGGGAUCAUCGAUACAGUUUCUGCAUUUCACUCCCUUUCGCCAUUAUUGAGUUUGUUGAAGACUGACGGAAAGCUGAUCAUGGUUGGUGCACCGAACAAGCCACUGGAGGUGCCAAUUUUUCCCGACCUUUUAUCAGGGCGGAAGGUGGUGGCCGGUAGCUUGAUUGGAGGACUGAAAGAGACACAGGAGAUGAUUGAUUUUGCAGCAAAACAUAACGUAUUGCCGGACGUGGAGAUCAUCCCGAUGGAUUAUGUCAACACUGCGAUGGAAAGACUACAGAAAUCCGAUGUCAAAUAUCGAUUCGUGAUUGACGUUAAGAAAGCAUUGAGAGCCGAAUAAUUGUGCUGGCAAGAGAGAAGUUAUAUAUGUUGGGAAUUUGUCUACUUAUUUUUCUUUACGUGUUUGAAUAAGGACCCUUUCCAUUACUAUCAUCUUAUAUUGAGAAAUAAUUAUGUAAUACUCGUGGAUAGAUUUUCUAUUUUCUAUUUACAAAAGUUUGGAAAUUGCUAUAUCUGCUGGCGUUGUAUGACACCAAUUCAUAAUAAUAAAUAAAUAAAACAAUCAUUUCCUUU